GAAUCCAUCAACCACAUGGCUGUUAAAGGAGCCAAUGGCCGAAAACCAAGUCACGUGAUCACAUCUUGGAUAUACACUUACAUGUACGCGGCUUUCUCUCUGUCGCUCGCUCAGCGUUCAGUGCAUAACCCUACUGAUGGACUUGUAAUCGUUCUUCUUGAAGGUUGCCCGUACAAACCACUGAUCUACCUCUGCAGGAUGGGUGCUGGCACACUUACCAUUGUCAGAGUAGGAAUACUUGCAAUGCUUGCACAUGGUGAAGUCACUCCAACCAACACCCCUCUCCCAGCCACCAAGUUUCAAUGUACAAGCGGUAGAAUCAUCUCUAGCAGCUGGAGAUGCGAUCGGGAAGACGAUUGUGGAGACAACUCUGACGAGGAAGAUUGUGUAAGAGCAACUUGCAGUGGAUCUGAGUUUCACUGUGUAGGCGGUAAAUGCAUCCCAAAGAGAUGGACCUGUGACAAGGACAAUGAUUGUAAAGACGGUUCAGACGAAGCCCAGGACCUUUGUAACAUUAAAACGUGCGGUCCAGAUAAGUUUGGCUGCAAUUCAGGUCAAUGUAUCCCUUCAAACUGGGUAUGUGAUGGACAGCAAGAUUGCGGGGGAAUCGUCGGGGAAGAUGAAACGAAUUGCACUGUCACCUGCGAGGGAGGCACAUUCCGCUGUGGUGAUGGAAUGUGUAUAUCACAGCGAUGGAAGUGUGAUGGAGACAGGGACUGUAAAGAUGGCUCUGAUGAGGACAAGUGUGAGUCCCCACAUUCGUGUGCGCCAGAUAAAUUUCUCUGUGAUAAAGGCACGUGUAUCAAUAGAGCCUGGUACUGCGAUGGAGACGUUGACUGCCAUGACGGGAGUGAUGAAACCAAUUGCAUUGCUGUCACCUGCGAGGGAGGCACAUUCCGCUGUGGUGAUGGAAUGUGUAUAUCACAGCGAUGGAAGUGUGAUGGAGACAGGGACUGUAAAGAUGGCUCUGAUGAGGACAAGUGUGGCAAUACUACAUGUGUCAGAGAUCAGAUCAUGUGUUUAGAGGAACGUGUCUGUUUGUCGAACUCUGUGCAGUGUGACGGUUCCAAGGAUUGUAAAGAUGGUUCCGAUGAACUUAACUGUAGCGAUAAUCAAUGCAGCUUCAAUAAUGGUGGAUGUGACCACAUCUGUGUCAGUCUGUCCGGAAACAAGCGCAAGUGUGACUGUAAUCCAGGCUACAUACUGAUGAAUGAUUCCCAGACUGUGUGUACUGACAUCGAUGAGUGCAAGGACAAUCUCAUUCAUGGCACUUGCUCACAGAUCUGUAAGAACACCAAGGGAGGCUACAAGUGUGAAUGUGUUAAUAAUUACUCCCUGGUCAACAAGAGAUACUGCAAGGCUGGAGGAGGCAACGUGCAGCUACUGCUCUCGCAAAAAAGAGAUCUAAGGAGAAUCAACCUUGAAACCUUUGCGUAUAACCUCCUCCUUGGUGAUGGUUAUAUAUCAUCUGCUGUUGCUAUGGACUUUGAUUUUCUUGGAAAUAGAUUUUACUGGACAGAUGUAGUAAAAGAAGGUAUAUUUAGGGCUGACUUCGGUAACAAGUCAUCAGUUGAAGAGGUAGCAUCCACAGAUGUCAGCACCCCAGAUGGCCUUGCUGUAGACUGGAUCAACAAGCACCUCUACUGGACUGACACUGGCUUUGACAGGAUUGAAGUGUCCUCCUUGGAUGGCAAAAUGAGGAAAACCCUCAUUAACACUGGAUUAGAUGAGCCAAGAGCCAUAGUACUGGAUCCCAAUUAUGGUGAGAGGAUGUCAUUGUCACAUUACCUGAACAUUUCGGGAGAAAUUUUCAGUUUGUUUGUGUUUCCUUGCGGACUUAUGUAUUGGACUGACUGGGGUAAACAGCCUAAGAUUGAGCGAUGUGGAAUGGAUGGCAAUGACAGGAAGGUUAUUAUCAACACAACCAUCGCCUGGCCCAAUGGACUCACAAUAGAUUAUGUUGCUGACAGACUGUAUUGGGUUGAUUCCAAGCUGCACAGCAUCGAGAGUUCCAACACGUUGGGAUUGGAGCGUGUGUCUGUUCUUCAGAGUCAGCUGCAUCUCAGACACCCUUUCGCCAUCACUGUAUUCCAGGAUUACCUUUACUGGACUGACUGGACCACUAGCUCGGUCAGCAAAUACAGCAAGUUCGGUAGACGUGAUGCAAAAGUAAUGAAAGUUGAGACAGUUGUCGUGAAUCUGGAUACACCCAUGGAUGUGCGUGUAUUCCAUCCCUGCAGACAACAAAUACUGAGAAGGUUGUGUGGCAGUAACAAUGGCGGCUGUUCCCACUUCUGCCUGCCUAAAGCUUAUGAUGCAAGGAACACUGAAUUCUAUGUAUGUGACUGUCCCAAGGGAUUCAUCUUGUCCUCAGAUAGGAAGAACUGUGUUGAAGGCGUUCCAGGAAGCAGAGCGUUGCCAUGAUAUGUUACACUCGCAGCCAACAACGUCGUUGUGCAAAACGAACAGUUCGGGGAGCGGAGGAGAAUAUACGCGAUGUUUCACAACUUUGAUGGGAACAGCCUUUGUCAUUCCAAACCAAUGAUAGAGAUGUGUGGAGACUUCAUCCACAAAAUAUAGGACUUGAAGCUGCUACAGAAGGUGUUACAAGAGAACAACGGAGGGGCUCCCUUCACGGUCCAGGAACCAAGUCCAGUGCCAGUGUCGAAAGGCAUUGUCCUGAGAACACCUUAUUGUGGAUAUUAAUUUAUUGUGUAUAUAAUUACGGAUUAAAUUACAUUAUUAUGC